AUGCCCCUGGGGAGGGACACAGCGUCACCUUACUGCGGCCGAUGCCCCUGGGGAGGGACACACGUCACCUUACUGCGGCCGAUGCCCCCUGGGGAGGGACACACUGUCACCUUACUGCGGCCGAUACCCCUGGGGAGGGACACACUGUCACCUUACUGCGGCCGAUACCCCUGGGGAGGGACACAGCGUCACCUUACUGCGGCCGAUACCCCUGGGGAGGGACACACUGUCACCUUACUGCGGCCGAUGCCCCUGGGGAGGGACACAGCGUCACCUUACUGCGGCCGAUGCCCCUGGGGAGGGACACAGCGUCACCUUACUGCGGCCGAUGCCCCUGGGGAGGGACACAGCGUCACCUUACUGCGGCCGAUACCCCUGGGGAGGGACACACUGUCACCUUACUGCGGCCGAUUGCCCCUGGGGAGGGACACACGUCACCUUACUGCGGCCGAUGCCCCUGGGGAGGGACACAGCGUCACCUUACUGCGGCCGAUGCCCCUGGGGAGGGACACACGUCACCUUACUGCGGCCGAUACCCUGGGGAGGGACACACUGUCACCUUACUGCGGCCGAUACCCCUGGGGAGGGACACACUGUCACCUUACUGCGGCCGAUACCCCUGGGGAGGGACACACCGUCACCUUACUGCGGCCGAUUACCCCUGGGGAGGGACACACUGUCACCUUACUGCGGCCGAUACCCCUGGGGAGGGACACACUGUCACCUUACUGCGGCCGAUACCCCUGGGGAGGGACACACUGUCACCUUACUGCGGGGGGGCCGAUACCCCUGGGGAGGGACACACUGUCACCUUACUGCGGCCGAUACCCCUGGGGAGGGACACACGUCACCUUACUGCGGCCGAUACCCCUGGGGAGGGACACACUGUCACCUUACUGCGGCCGAUACCCCUGGGGAGGGACACACCGUCACCUUACUGCGGCCGAUACCCCUGGGGAGGGACACACUGUCACCUUACUGCGGCCGAUACCCCUGGGGAGGGACACACUGUCACCUUACUGCGGCCGAUACCCCUGGGGAGGGACACAGCGUCACCUUACUGCGGCCGAUACCCCUGGGGAGGGACACACUGUCACCUUACUGAUACCCCUGGGGAGGGACACACUGUCACCUUACUGA